AUGGAAAACAGCUCAUUACAUGAUCUAUUAAUUGAAGCUCGUCGUUCAGACAAGGAAAUUUCAUUACGUCUCUCAGACUAUUUGCUUCUUAUAUCUAGAAUCAAGUCAAAGCUUACAAUGCCAAAUCUUGUCUUAUUAUGUUCUAUUAUAGAAGACAUUUGUGAGCUUAAUCAUUCGAUUGGAACUUACAAUUCAGAAAAACUAGAUAAUUCGGAAGAAAACAUUGUAAGAUUAAUAACCAUUUACAAAGAAACAAACCAAUACAAUUUCUCCAAAGAAUUAGAAACAGAAUUAAAUGAAUACGAAUCACAAGUCCAAAAUUUCCAAAAAUGCGUGAGUAAUAUUCAAAAUUCGAUUCCUUACAAAUAUCCAAGCGUUAUAAUUAUAUUUGCAGCAAUGUCAUUUGCGUACAUUCUUUUCAAAGUAUUAUCUGAUUUUGAUUGA